AUGCAGUUCAUGAGCCAAUCUACAGGAUGGGCCGACCUCAUCAUCCUGGCAAUGGCCCCGCUGGGUAUCAUCACUGCAAUUGUUGGGGCCAUUAGGGUUGGUGGCCCGACGUGGCUUCGGGCCAUCAUUGGAAGAGCAAGAGAGAGCCGGGCCGUCGUUGAGGCCGAACUGAUGUCCUCGACUUCGCAAGAGGUGUGCGAGCUCUGGAAUGGUCGGGAAAUUGUGAGGGUAAUGGGAGCGGGACCCAUCCGUGAAUUCAUCAUCUUGUUACCCGGGGAGGAUGGCAAGGAUCGAGAGCCGGUAAAGGAGAUCCAGGUGAAAGGAUUGAAGGAUUGCAAGAACGAGGAGCAGGAGACUGAGGACUACGAGGCCGAGGAUCAGUAUCUCAAAAACACGAUAGUCGGGAUGUUUAAAUCGAUCCUCAAGAAGAACUCUCCACGCAGCGGAGAUCCCGAGGUUGCUUUGCACGAGGCCCCUAAUGGCAUCAAUGCCAAUGUGCCUAACAUGGGCAACGAUCCGGGACCUGGAACCAAACCUGACGGCCGUCCGGUCGCCGCGAUUCGGAAUCUGGACGCACCCGCCCCUAGCCUCACGCUCAACGUACAAAACCAACUAAGCAGAGGGGAAUUGUAUCUCGUUGCGGCGCUCGGUACUCUCCUUCAGUUCGGCGUGCUCGUCUUCUCCGGGUGUGCUACCUAUCACCCCGCCCUCAGAUCUAGGUGGCUCAAAGUUGACAACCCCGCCGCCGACUACGCCUUUCCCUGCAACGCCGCGGGGACCCUGCUCUUGGUGACGGGUGUGCUGAUUUGUGCCCACGUCGUCGAGGGCAGCACAUCAGAAACAAGAUACCGACCGGUCGAGGGCCUUCGAGUCAUUUGCUGUAUUCCCCGGCAACCACAAUCCCUGAUUACAACGUCCCAGCGCUGGGACGUUGGGGGUUCAAAACCCAUACUUGGAGAGGCUGUCGCCGUCAUCGGAGCAAUGGUCAGCCUCUGUGGCUUCGUCGCGCAGUUCGUUGGGCUGCGCCUGCACUGGUCGUCAUCGAUCGCCCAGCUCAUCGCAGUUUCCAUCAUGGUGGGUCUCAGAGCGUUGGUUCGCCGCAAUCUGGCACAGUUGCCGGCGUCUCGCCGCUUACUUUCGGGCCACGAAAUGGACUGGCUGGCCAUGACUCUCGCCGAUGAUGACGCGAGAGCUUCGCGGUUGAAUCCCCCCAAGGACGAUGGGGAUACCCGGCCCGGGAACGACGGAGAUAGCCCCCAGAACGGCGGGGAGUCGAAUCAGCAGAGCAGGCCAUGGGAUUGGAAACCCACUGCGGUUGAGGAUCCGGCAACCCUCCCAGCCUACCAAGAUGCCAAUGGAUCGGGUAAUUAG